AUGCCUCCAUUUCACCAAAAGGUUAUCCUUCUAUGUGUGUUAAUAUUGUUAUCGGGGCAUAAUGUUCUUGGAACUCAUGAGAAUAUUAUUAAUUGUUUGGAAGGAAAUUUGGAUUUAAUUGUUCAUUGCAAAUCUAAAGAUGAUAAUCUUGGUGCUCAUCUUUUACAUUAUGGUGAAACCUUUGGUUGGAAAUUUCAACCUAAAGUUGUUUUUGGCCAUACAGUAUUCUUUUGUGGUUUUACAUGGAAUGGUAAAUUACAUUGGUUUGAUGUAUACGAUGGUGAUUAUCUUAAAGAUGAUUGUGAUGAAUGCAUUUGGAAAAUAUUCAAAUCAGGACCAUGUAGAAAAGAAGAUGAUGGGCAGUCUACUUGCUUUCUGUGGAAUAAGCAAUAA